AUGGGCUUAUUAUUCCAGCUUUGCAUUUACUUUGUAGCAUUAAUGGUAACUGUUGAUUGCUUAACAAACCAAGAAACUUGCGACUUGUGCCAACUUGUUAUACGAACAGUUAAUGGUCAUUUUUCCACCAAUGUAUCAAGUAGAAGAAAAUUAGCCAAUCAACUGAAACAUGAAUGCAACCGCCAGUUCAAUUAUCGUCGCCGAUGCCUAGUAAUGAUCAAAGAAAAUGCUCAACUUUUGUAUCAAGAGAUGAACACUCCAUCUUUCAAGCCAUUAACGAUUUGUCUUUUAGUUAAAGAAUGUACACCAUACACCGAUCCAAACGCUGUCGCAAUUCCACAAACGGGAGAAACUACUAUUGAAAGUUUAUAA